CCGCGCCGCGCCGCGCCUCGCCGCUUUGUCCAUUGUCCGGGCCGGGCGGCGCGGCCCGAACCUGGAGGAGGAUCAGGAGUUUAGGGGUUUUGUGCUGAGGUGUGCUACCUGCUGGGCGGGGUGGGGGUAAAAAGCGCGUGCCCAGGUGAGCCAGCCUCAGUCGGAGCGGGUCAUGACUGCAGACUGAUGCGGGUAGCUGCGUGAGGAGCCACCAGAGGAACCAGGAUGGUGAAGUGCUGGACGCGUUCAGGAGGAGGCCGGGGCGCGGUAAGGACGGAGGUCCGGCGGCGGGUCGGAGGUCCGGAUAACCCCCUACCCAGAAAUUCACAAUAACCCGGAAAAAAAUAUCAAACUGAAUUUACAAAUGGACCAGAGCAGAUCAAACAUGAGUAUAUCCAGUUGAUGAUCCGGGAUUUGUUACAAAAAGAUAGAAAAGUUUUCAUGUUCAACAACUAAAACUUCAAGCAAAAUGUCACGGAUUCAGAUACCAAUCUGAAAAGUGUGGCGUGCAUUUCUAUUCAUUCCCACAUUAAUCCCAGGUGAGACCGCCGUUCGUUUCCACCAGCUUUCAACAUCAGCCUUCGAGUCUCUCCACAGAUCCUCAGUUGGAUUCAGGUAUGGACUUUGACUAGGCCACGAACUAGCUCUGAUCUAAACCAUCGUCCUGCUGGAAGCCGAACCUCCAGUCUCAAGUUUUCUUGAUUCAGCUCCAGCCAUCUUCCCACAGCAUGAUGCUGCCACCACCACAUCCUCAGUUCCAUUUUGGCCUCUUCUCUGCCUCUAGUGGCCGAAGGCGGGACAGCCGGCUUUACUCUUGUAGCUCUUCCUGUUGACACUCAGACCUGAGCUGUGGAUCUCUGCAGCUCCUCCAGAGCUUCUCUGGUUAAAGCCGUCCUGGUAGCUCUCCACACUUUUCAGAUUGGUGUGAAUACUUUUCACUGCUGAUGUCUUUAAACGCUGUAGACCUACUGAUGUUCAUGCCGUGUUCUCAGGGUGAAGGUUCUGACUCGGCCCACUUCCCAGCCAAGGGGUUCUGGAUCUGCCUGUCGGCGCUGCUGCUCCUGGUCGCCAUGGCGAUAGGACUGACCGGCUAUCUUGCGCUGACCGGGCCGGGCUCUACGUCCCUGCAGACCGUGCGGCUGACGGCGCCGGACCAGACGGGGAUUCUGCUCAACCAGACGGCCGUUUUGGACCCGCAGAACCACCUGGUGACACUUUCCGUCACCGCGGCAGGAAACCAGACGUCCACGGUUCUGUUUGACGUCAAACAUGGCCUGAUCUGCUACCGACCUGCAGACCAGCAGCGCUGCUUCCUGCAGACCAUGGAGCGCUCCGACUACGACCACGUGGGCUCCCUGCUCAGCGGACCGCAGAACCAGGGAGACGUCCAGCUGUCUGGGAACGAGACACAGAGGCGGACGCAGUUCCUGGGCGUGAUGGCGGGCGGUCAGGUGGGCGUGGCCUCGCUGGACGAGCCGCUCCGGACGCUGUGUCGGGACAGAACCGUCCACCGGACCCGCAGGACCGACGGCCCAGGCAAACAGCGGCUGGUCUACUUCUGCAUCGACAUCUGCUUCCCCAGCAACAUCUGUGUGUCGGUGUGUUUCUACUACCUGCCUGAGUGACGGAGGUCAGCCUGUAAGCAGAGCAGCG